CGUUCCACCCCCGUUCCCGCUCUGUUUUUUUCUUCAACUUUUGCAGAACCGCAGACGCCAAUUAUCCCGACGAUUGAAGCCGCCGUCGUCUCCCAGAGUCGGAGAAGAUAGACAGAAGCUAUGUGCGGAAGAACUCGAUGCACUCUCCGAGUUGAUGACUAUCCUCGUGCCUGUCACGUCUCCGGCCGCCGCGUCCGUCAGCUCGACUUGAACCGGUAUCGGCCGUCGUAUAAUGUGUCUCCCGGAUUCAAUGUUCCGGUUGUUCGGAGAGAAGACGGUCCAGAUGACGACGGUGUUGUUCUUCACUGCAUGAAAUGGGGGCUGAUUCCCAGUUUUACAAAGCCGAACGAAAAGCCUGACCACUAUAAAAUGUUCAAUGCUCGGUCUGAAUCAAUAAAAGAGAGGGCUUCUUUUCGCCGUCUCCUCCCUAAGAACAGGUGCCUUGUUGCAGUCGAGGGGUUUUAUGAAUGGAAAAAGACUGGAUCCAAAAGGCAACCUUACUAUAUUCAUUUCAAAGAUGGCCGCCCACUUGUUUUUGCUGCUCUUUAUGACUCUUGGAAGAAUGGAGAAGGAGAGAUUCUUCACACCUUCACUAUUGUGACCACUUCUUCGUCCUCGCCCUUGGGAUGGCUCCAUGACCGGAUGCCCGUGAUCUUUGGCAACAAGGAGUCGUCUGACUCAUGGCUGAAUGGUUCUCUGUCAUUCGACUUCGAUGCUCUGCUAAAACCAUACGAAGUAGAUUUGGUUUCGUACCCCGUAACACCUGCAAUGGGCAAGUCGUCAUUCGAUGGACCUGAAUGCAUUGUGGAGAUUCAACUCAAGGCCGAGGAGGCUAAAUCGAUCACUCAAUUCUUCUCAAAGAAGGGAGAUCAAUGCACACAAGGGCAGCCUCCACAGAGGGAAGUCACACAUGAAGAGCCCCCAAAGGAGCCCAAAAUGAUGACAAAAGAUGUUGAUGAUGCCUGUGAAAUCGAUGUUUCUGCAACAACUAUUAUGUGCGGGAAGGAAAGCGCUGUUAUUAAAGCCAAAAGAGGGCAUGAGGAUGAGCUCGUGGAUGAUGAUAAAACAAGGACAAUGGUUAGGAGCCCACAUAAAAAGAAAGCCACAAGUUCAAGCGGCAAGCAACCUACAAUAUUCUCUUUCUUUAGAAAAUGCUAGUGUAGAUUAUGCCCUAAUUCACUUGUAUUAUGUUUAUAUCGAGACCCGGAGGAAAACACUAAAACUUUUGUGAUGUAUGUACUAUUUCUCCAAGAAUAGUUCUUCCAAGACAUCCAAUUCUCAUAGAACUACUCUGGUUUGGAUCUCUACCAACAUCAAAAAUGAACGUAAUCCUCAUUG